CCCCUCCCAAAUGGGACUGUUAAGUCGUGCAAGUUUGGAAAGCCAAGCUUCUUGGCCCUUGCGGAGAUGCUGCCAGGCUGCGGGGAGUUUGCGGGCCCAACACAGCAAAGCAGCUGCUGCAUCGGCCAAGGAGACGCCAGGCUGGACCGGGCAGGAGAGCUUGGCCGAGAGUGACCCAGAGAUGUGGGCGCUGGUGCAGCAAGAGAAGGACCGCCAGUGCCGGGGUCUGGAGCUCAUUGCCUCCGAGAAUUUCUGCAGCCGAGCUGCACUUGAGGCUCUUGGAUCCUGCCUCAACAACAAGUAUUCAGAGGGCUACCCUGGCAAGAGGUAUUAUGGUGGCGCCGAGGUGGUUGACCGCAUUGAGCUGCUGUGUGAACGCCGUGCCCUGGAGGCUUUUGACCUGGAUCCUGAGUGCUGGGGAGUGAAUGUCCAGCCAUACUCUGGAUCUCCUGCCAACUUUGCUGCCUACACAGCUUUGCUGCAGCCCCAUGAGCGGCUCAUGGGCCUGGACUUGCCUGAUGGAGGCCACCUAACGCAUGGGUAUAUGUCUGACAUCAAACGUAUCUCGGCCACGUCCAUCUUCUUCGAAUCCAUGCCCUACAAACUGAAUCCAGCGACAGGACUGAUUGAUUAUGAUCAGCUAGAAGUAACGGCCCGACUCUUCCGCCCGCGUCUCGUCAUUGCUGGGACCAGUGCCUACGCCCGCCUUAUUGACUACGCCCGCAUCAAGAAGGUGUGUGAAGAGGUGAAGGCCUACAUGCUGGCUGACAUGGCCCAUAUCAGUGGUCUGGUGGCAGCCAAAGUCAUCCCUUCUCCCUUUGAUUAUGCUGACCUGGUCACUAGCACGACUCACAAGACACUGCGUGGAGCGAGGUCUGGAUUGAUCUUCUACCGCAAAGGUGCCCGUUCCAUAGACAAGAAGACUGGCAAGGAGAUUCCCUACAAUCUGGAAGAGAAGAUCAACUUUGCUGUCUUCCCUUCUUUGCAGGGAGGGCCCCAUAACCAUGCCAUUGCAGCUGUCGCUGUGGCACUGAAACAGGCCAGCUCACCCAUGUUCCGGGAGUAUUGCCAGCAGGUACUGAAGAACGCCAAGGCCAUGGCAGAGGCAUUACUGCAGCGAGGAUACACUCUGGUUUCAGGUGGCACUGACAACCACCUGGUGCUUGUGGACCUGAGACCAAAAGGCAUUGACGGGGCCCGGGCUGAGAGGGUUCUAGAGCUGGUGUCCAUAACAGCCAACAAAAACACCUGUCCUGGGGACAAGAGUGCGUUGACACCUGGUGGCUUGCGGCUUGGGGCACCUGCACUUACCUCCCGACAAUUCCGAGAAAGCGAUUUCCAGAAGGUGGUGGAGUUCAUGGAUGAAGGAAUCCAGAUUGGGCUGGAUGUCAAAAAGAAAACCUCCAAGCUCCAGGAAUUCAAAACCUUCUUGCUGGCUGACCCAGAGACGAAGCAGCGCCUGUCCGCCCUUAGGCAGCGUGUUGAGACCUUUGCCCGUGCCUUCCCCAUGCCUGGCUUUGAUGAACGUUGAUGUUAACGCCCAACCAGAGACUGUCUGAUUACCCCCAGAUGAGUGGGGCUUGCCAGAGGCCAGGUGCUUGGGGUCCCUGUAGUCCUACCUCUGAGAGCCGGCCAGCAGUUGCCCUUUUCUGGAAGGGUGAUUGCCUUGGCCACCUUUUCUCCAUCUCCCAAUGCCCAUUUUAUAGUGACUCAAAAACAACUGACCUCUUUUCCGUUUUAUAGCAGGACUAGUCUCUGAUCCACGGUACCUGUGUAGUAUUUUUGCCUGCCCACUAUGCAAGAUGGGUUGUAAGAAUUAAACAGCUUCAUCUCUCUCCCUUGACUAAA